AUGUCAGACGCGAUCAAAUCGCCUGGCCCCGAGCCAACGGCGAUCGAACGCCCAACUAUCCCUCAAGAUGAGGGUCCCGACGCGAAUUACAAAGCCAAAGCUGGGGUUCUCAACAGCGCGAUUCAGACGAUCGGCAUGGGCCGAUACCAGUGGCAGCUCUUCGUCGUGAUCGGAUUCGGCUGGGCGAGCGACAACCUGUGGCCGAUUGUUACCUCUCUGAUUCUUCCCGCAGUGACAAAAGAGUUCCACCCGUCAAAAGCGCCGCUGUUGACGCUCGCGCAAAACAUCGGGUUGCUUGUCGGUGCGGUGUUUUGGGGAUUUGGAUGCGACAUUUUCGGUCGCAGGUGGGCGUUCAACUUGACCAUCGGAAUCACAGCGGUGUUUGGCUUGAUCGCGGCGGGAUCGCCCAAUUUUGCGGCUAUAUGUACAUUUGCCGCUUUGUGGUCUGUCGGCGUAGGCGGAAAUCUGCCAGUUGACUCGGCCAUCUUCCUCGAGUUCCUACCUGGGUCACAUCAGUACUUGUUGACUAUCUUGUCGAUUGAUUGGGCUUUGGCGCAGGUGGUCGCUAAUUUGAUCGGUUGGCCACUGCUUGGGUAUAGAACUUGUGAUUCGGCAGAAGGAUGUACGAAGUCUGACAACAUGGGGUGGCGGUGGUUUAUGAUCACGAUGGGUGGCCUCGCGAUGAUCAUGUUUGUCGGUCGGUUUAUGUUUUUCACGAUUUUCGAGUCCCCCAAAUACCUCAUGGGGAAGGGGAGAAAUGAACAGGCUGUGGACGUUGUCCACGAAGUGGCCCGACGGAAUGGAAAAACAUCUGAUUUGACGAGGACUGAGCUCGAUGCCUUGGACCAGGGUGAGAUCCAGCAUUUCACCGCGGCAAACAUCGUCCGUCAACGCCUGGAGACCGUACGGUUCGAUCAUAUCCGCGCUCUUUUUGAUACCCCCAAGCGAGCAUGGGCUACAACGUUGAUUAUCCUUGUUUGGGCAUUCAUCGGUCUCGGCUUCCCACUGUACAACGCAUUUCUUCCAUACAUUCAGCAGUCCCGAGGCGCCGAAUUCGGUGAUGGGUCGACAUACAUCACGUAUCGGAACUCGUUGAUUAUUGCUGUCAUGGGCAUCCCAGGUUGUCUGCUUGGUGGAGUUUUGGUUGAACUACCAGGCUUUGGCCGAAAGGGUGCUCUUAGCUCCUCGACAGCUAUAACUGGAGCCUUCCUUCUUGCGUCAACAACAGCUACCACGUCAAAUGCUCUGUUGGGUUGGAACUGCGCCUUCAAUUUCAUGAGUAGUCUCAUGUACGCUGUGUUAUAUGCAUACACCCCCGAAAUCUUCCUCACCAAGGACCGCGGUACGGGAAACGCAUUAACUGCGUCUGCGAAUCGGAUCUUUGGCAUCAUGGCUCCCAUCAUUGCCAUGUUCGCUGAUCUCACGACCGCUAUUCCUGUUUAUGUUAGUGGGGCCCUGUUUAUCGCAGCAGGCAUUCUUGUGUUGUUCAUGCCAUAUGAGUCUCGCGGAAAGGCGAGUCUAUAG